AUGGCAGGCGGCAAGGUGGCGCCAUACGAGCCUGAGCCUCCAACCAUCAAGGGCUACCCCCGUCUGGUCACCAACGUGAAGUGCAAGGGAACGGAGGCCUUCCUCACCAACUGCACCCACGAGCAGUACACGCCAUGCAAGAGCGGCAAGGCCGCAAGCAUCAUCUGCACAGCCCCAAAGGUCACUCAGGUCCGACUGGCGGGCAGCUCUUCAAUCAAUCCCAAGGAAGGUCGCCUGGAAGUGAAGGUCGGCACACGCUGGGGCCAAGUCUGUGACCUGGGCUUUGACGAAGCAGAGGCUGGCGUAGCAUGUCGCCAGCUCGGCUUUUCUGGGGGUAAGCCGUGGUAUGGCGUCUUCACCAGCGACCUGUCCACGAACAACUAUGCCCUCUCUUCUGUGAGCUGCUCCGGCGAGGAGGCCUCGCUUGCUGGCUGCGAGGUCACCUUUGGCAACGACUGCAGCCCCCCUUCAGGCUACGGAGACAGCAGCGAGUAUCACUACUUCGCGCCCGUGGGGGUCAAGUGCACAGGCACUCGCAAGUGA